AUGUAUGUGAUGUCUGAUAGUGGAGAGGGUGCCCAGUACCUGUGUGUUCCGCCGGAUCCGGGCAUUCGGACCAGUGAGGCUGCCGCUCUAGGUGCUAGUGCGUCUGCUGCCCCAGGUGCUAGUGAGGCUGCCGCCCCAGUUGCUCGCGUGUCUACUACCCCAGGUACUGGUGAGGCUGCUGCUCUAGGUCUCUACCUCCCCUCGUUCUCUACGAACUUGGUGGCAGGUAGUGCACUCGAGGACGGGGGUGUUCACCAGUUCACCCCUGCCUACGAGCGCGUGACACACUGCGCGUGUGCUCGGACGGGUCGCCACUUGGCUAUGUUCACUUGGCAGCCGGGGUCGGACCUGUACACACUGACCACUAAGCUCCCUCAGGUAGCUGCAUCUGCGUCUACGUCUGUGUCUGGUCAGCUAUAG